AGAACGCGUCUGUUUGCUCUUCCUCUAUGUUCGCGCGUACUCUCGUUUUGCGUAUAUAAAAGAGUCGUCCUCGGGACAUUCUCAAAGACGAAUUGGCAGUGAUCCGGGAUUUUCUGCGUCGCGCUACUUGUGCCGAAUAGUGACAAAUACCCCUUAAACUUUUUACUCCCUUUGUUCAGUUUUUGUUUUUGGGAAAUACUCGAAUAACACGAAUGAUUGGAUCUUAGUUUCUUGUAUAGUUGAACUGAAAUUUAGGAUAUGUGUAGUACAUUUGUUAAUAUAUGAUGGUGUAAUGAUUAGGAAGAUGAUGCUGUGAAGAAGAUCCAAUCUGAAUGAGAAGUGUUUUAAGCUACAAAAAUGGGGAAUUCUAAUAGAGAAGCUGAUGUUGAGAUGAACGCCCUGUCUGCUGCUUUUCCUGGUGAUCGACCGCAUGUCAUGAGAACGCCUAUGCGCCCGAUGAUAGCGGAAUACGACCCAAAGAAGCACGGGGUGAAAACAGAACUGUCAGACAUGGUUCUUGUCAAAUACAAGUGUGAGAAAAAUGAUGUUCCAAUUACGGUUACGAAUGGCUCAACGCUGCCACUUGUGGAGAGGCCAAAUGAUGAAGAGGCUGCAUUGUACGAUCCCUUUGAACAUCGUAAACUCUCUCAUCCAACGUCCGAUUGGGACACAUUGGUCCACUUGCUUAAGGGAAGUUUGGGAUCCGGGAUCCUCGCUAUGCCAUUGGCCUUCAAGAACGCUGGUUUGUUCGUUGGGCUUUUUGCUACAUUCUUCAUUGGUGCUGUUUGUACAUAUUGCGUACACAUUUUGGUAAAAUGCGCUCACAAACUUUGCAGACGGACACAAACGCCAAGUUUGGGAUUCGCCGAUGUUGCUGAGGCGGCAUUUCUCGUUGGUCCUGAGCCAGUGCAAAAGUAUGCACGGCUGGCAAAAGCGACGAUAAAUUCGUUUCUGGUAGUUGAUUUACUUGGUUGCUGCUGCGUGUACAUAGUAUUUGUUGCCGAUAAUAUGAAGCAGGUUGUUGAUUUUCAUGCUGAUAUUGAACUGGACAAACGAAUUUACAUGGCAAUGCUUUUGCCAUUUUUAAUGGCCCUGUGUCUAAUCAGGAAUCUUAAACUUUUGGCCCCCUUCUCUAUGGUUGCCAAUUGUCUUGUUGCUGUUGGACUGGGAAUUACAUUUUACUACAUUUUUGAUGAUUUGCCACCUUUGGACUCGGUGAAGAAAACUGCCAGUUUACCCCAACUUCCUCUAUUCUUCGGAACUGCAAUUUUCGCAUUGGAGGGCAUUGGUGUGGUGAUGCCUUUGGAGAAUAACAUGAAGAAUCCAACCCACUUUACUGGUUGUCCAGGUGUCUUGAACAUUGGCAUGUUUUUCGUGGUGUUGCUCUACAGCGUCGUCGGAUUCUUUGGUUACUUGAAAUAUGGAGAAAAAACUCUUGAAUCAAUUACAUUGAAUCUGGAUGAAACACAAAUUCUUGCCCAAUCCGUAAAAUUGAUGAUUGCCAUUGCAAUUUUCUUGACCUACGGUCUUCAAUUCUACGUACCAAUGGAGAUCAUAUGGAAGAAUUUGAAACAAUAUUUUGGCUCAAGAAAACUUGCCGGCGAAUAUCUCGUGAGAAUUGUUCUUGUCAUCUUCACAGUGGCAGUGGCGAUUGCUGUCCCAAAUCUAGGACCGCUAAUCUCUCUGGUUGGUGCUGUGUGCCUUUCAACAAUGGGUCUUAUGUUUCCGUCAGUUAUUGAACUCGUCACUGUUUGGGAGCAGGAGAAUGGUCUUGGCAAGUGGAACUGGAAAUUGUGGAAGAACAUUGCAAUUAUUUGCUUUGGAAUAUUGGGUUUCCUGACGGGAACCUACUGCAGUAUUUUGGAAAUUCAGGCAGCUCACAGCAAAACGAAGCACUGAGCGAGGGGGACACUUUCAUGAUAAAAAACCCCCCUUCUCAUCAGAAUGACUUCUGAUGAGUCCAUGAAGUUGAUGUCAUGUCAUGUCAUCGAGUGAUGCGUUUUGCGAGGGUAUUUUAUGUUUCUACUGCUACCCUUAUUUUCCCAUCAUAAAAGUCUUAAAUCUUAAAAACGGCUGCUCUCUUCCUUUCGAGAAAACAACAAUAAGAAACAAAAGAGGCUGCAAAACCUAAAUCUUUGCUCCCUAUAGGAGCAGUUGCGCACACUUUGUACCACGUUGGUACUCUUAUGACUGACCGUUUGAAAUCAAAAAGUAAUUGACAUGGAAUUUAACAUUCACUAUGACUUAUUACUUUCUGAAAAUUGAAGUCUCAUAAGCCUUCAGUUUAAAUCAAGAAUCAUGCAGCUCGCUUUUAGCUGAUCAUGGGAGUAAAACAAAGAAACAAUGCCAUCAGUUUUUUAAGAAAAGAAGCAGGAUAAUCGUAACACCUGAGAUUAAUGAAAGUAUUAGUUUGGCUUUAUUGUUUGUCAAGCUAAUAGCAGCGAGCUUCCUUAAAAGCGCACAAUUCGCGAAAUAUUUUUUUUCGAAAAAUGAUUCUUUCUGUAAAAAUAAAAGCUUCAGUAUUGAUUGAUUUUUCAUUCGGUUUUUUGCACAGAUACGGGGAUUGUCUUUUCGAAAAUCUUCGAUAUCUUUUUCUCUAUACCAUCGCCUACAUUUUUCAUUGACCAUCUCUCUGCUUCACAUAUACAUAUGUACAUAUUUUAUAUAUACGUAUAAAUAUGAAUAUAGUUAUAGUUAAUAUUCAUAUUUAUACGUAUGUGUAUAGAAGUUCGGAAAUUUGUGAUUUUGCCUCGCAUUAAAGUCGUAGCAAUCUCUCUAUAUAGUAUAUAAAUGUAUUUUUCAUUAGAAUUAGAAUAGAAUCGUUCAAUUUUAAUCGAGAGAUUUUUUUUAAGAUCGUUUUUCAAUUCUUUUAACUUUUUCCCGUUUUUGUUUUCCUGGGGGAAAAAAUUGCAGCCAAUUUUUACUGUUUCAUAUUGUGCAUAGAGCUCCAUUGUUUUUUAAAAUUUAUAAAUAAUAAAUUGAACAAUUAUACGAAUGAAAAUUUAUAAAUAAAAAUCAUUCCUAGCGGUAUCCCUUGAGUGGUCGUUUUUCUAUCAAAAUUAUAAAAAGCAAAAGUUGAAAGCAAAAGUUCGUAUUAAUCUCUUUGAUUCUAAUCCUUAACACACAUUUUCUAUCCUUUUGUAAAUAAUUAAAUCACAUCUAUUGAUUUGAUUCAAGUUCCUCAAUCAAGGGAUUAUGCUAAGAGAGUUAUUUUUAUAACAUUUUUCUAUUGUACAUUAAAUAAACGCAAUACGGUCCAUUGUGGCCAACUAUAGCAGGAUAUGACGAUAGAUUAAAAAUCACACAGAACAAUAAAUUGAAAGACUUUUUUCCGUUCAAUUAUACUUACUGUUCCUAUCAUAAUUACACGAAUAAAAAAAGUAUAAUCCGAAGGCAUUCCAAUGAAUACGAUCUUUAUUGCUCUAUAUGUAUAGUAGUCAAGGAAAAAGUAUUUUAAUUUCAAGACUUGUAAAAAAAUGAAUGGUAUUUCAAAUUAGAUGUAAUAACGAAAUCAUUUAAAUCCAAAGAUUUUAUUUUCAAGAACUAUUGUUUGAAAAAUUAAGAAAAAAAAAUUUUGUCUUUUAAUAAGAAAAAUCUUUGUUUGAAAAUUCGAAGACUGAUUUCGUUAAGUGAAAAAGAAAAAAGAAAUAUUUUCCAUUAUAUCUUUUUUUUUGUGUCAGAAUAAUAAAAAUUACGAAAUGAAUGUUCUUUUUUUUCUUCAACAAUUUAAUUUUGAAAAAAAGUGACGAGUAAUCGCUGCUGAAUCUCAAGCUCAGGCAAAAUAUAAUACAUUGUUUUUUAAAAGUUGCACUUUUGUACAAAAUACAUGACAAUAUCUAAUAUAAAUAUUUUUUUUAGAGCGAGAGAGAAAGAAAGAAAGAAAGAAAGAGAGAGAGAGAGAGAG